UCAGGUUUAAAACCCUGAUCGCUGAUUGGUUCUCGCCCUAGAGAGAAGUGUUUGAAUUCUGCACUGCGUCGUCGUUCAACCAGCUAUCCCUCCAGUAAAAUGUCUUCUCAGAACACGGACCCGGCCGCCGCCGCCUCUACGGCCGCCCUAAAGGGCAGCGAGGCCGGCGGUAGCGCAGCCCGAGGCUCGGUGACGAAGAGAUUACAGCAGGAGCUGAUGACUCUUAUGAUGUCGGGUGAUAAGGGAAUCUCGGCUUUCCCGGAGUCGGACAACCUCUUCAAGUGGAUCGGAACCGUCGACGGAGCUGUAGAAACGGUGUACGAGGGGCUGCGCUACAAGCUGUCCCUGGAGUUCCCCAGCGGUUACCCCUACAAGGCGCCGCGGGUCAAGUUCGUCACGCCCUGCUUCCACCCCAACGUGGACGAGCAGGGCUUCAUCUGCCUGGACAUCCUGAAGGACAAGUGGUCGGCGCUGUACGACGUCAGGUCAAUCCUGCUGUCCAUACAGUCGCUGCUAGGAGAGCCCAACAACGACAGUCCUCUGAACGUGGCCGCUGCGGAACUAUGGGACAACCAGGAGGCGUUCAAAGCCCACGUGAAUGCGGUCUUCAAAAGCUGAACCACCAUGUCUCGUCCUGUCUGAGUGUGAGAGGCCUGUGGGCUAGUGUGUGUGUGUGUGUGUGCGCGUGUGUGUCUGUGUUUGUGCGCGUGUGUAUGCGCUUGUACAAUAUUUUUAUGUUCUUUGCCCUGUGUCAAUAAAGAUGCGUUUGAUCUACCGCACC